AUGGCUGCUUCGCUUCCGAUUAUAUCCUUUCUGGUUCUCUUCUCUCUCCCCUCUCUCUCCUCUUCCCUCCCUUCCGACACCGUCCUCGAUGCCUCCGAGAUCCUCACCGACUCCGGCCAUGUCUCCAUGGCUCUCACUCUCGAGCUCGUCUCCCAAACCCUAACCCUAAAGUCCCCUUCCCUCACCAUCUUCGCUCCUCCCGACGCCGCCUUCUCCAAGUCCGGCCAGCCCGCUCUCUCUCUCCUCCAGUACCACUUUUGCCCUCUCCCUCUCUCUCUUGAGAAAAUCAAAUCUCUCCCCGCCGGUACGAAGAUCCCGACUCUGCUCUCAGGUCACGUCUUGAUCGUCACCUCCUCGCCUUUCGAUUCUCAGAUCUCGCUCAAUAACGUCAAGAUCACGAGUGAAUCGCCGAUCUUCAACGACGGAUCUCUGAUCAUCUUUGGAAUUGAGGACUUCUUCGAUCUCAAUUAUCAAGAUCCUGGCUCAGUUCCCAGCCCUAGGUCUGGUUCGAUAUGCGAAUUGUCGCCAACCGUGUUUCCUGGAGCUUCGUGGUUCAAGGAAGCGAGCGAUAAUCUGAGAUUCAAUGGCUACUCUGCGAUGGCGGCGUUUCUGGAUUUGCAAUUGUUAGGGUUUGACAAGGAAAGAUCCGCUGCGAUGACCGUCUUCGCUCCGACCGACCAAGCUAUGUCAAAACGUCCUUCGCAGCACUCGUCGCCGUCGAUCUUUCUCCGGCACGUUGUUCCGUGCAGGCUUUUGUGGAGCGAUCUGAUGAGUUUAAGCGCCGGGACGGUGUUGCCGACGUACUCGGAAGGAUUCACGAUCACCGUCACCAGAUCGGACAGUGUUUUGAUGCUCAAUGGAAUCCCUGUUUUCUACGCCAACAUGCAUUACAGUGACUCGGUUGCAGUUCAUGGCCUGAAUGAGAUUCUCGUUCCGCAAGAAGUAGCUGAAUCGGAGCCGUUAUCGGCUCCAGUAUCGGAACCGGAAUCGGAAUCUUCGACUGGGACUGAUGGAUUGAAGAUUGAGGAUAUUAUGCUGAUGCAGAAUACUAAAUUCUGA